AUGAGAAACUGCAAUGUCACGUUGGGCAACUUGAAGUCCCUGAAAACUCCCAUAGGGAGGCUAUUGCAGAUCGAGCUCCUAGUCAUCUUCACCACCUUCUUGUUCCUCUUACUUGUUGCCUUCAGCUUGUGGCGACGUCGCUCCAACAGCAAGAAGUUCCAGCUCUUCAUUUUCGUGGCCUGCACUCUCUCAACCUUUUUACUCACCUACGUCCUAAGCCUCAUGCAUGAUGCUCCCUUGCGCAACGAAUUAUUCCCCUUCUGGGCAAUGCUCCUGAUGAUCGCCUUCGAGAGCACUGGCUCUAUCUCUGCAUACAGUCUCAAGGACAAUGAGCAAUGGAAGAGAAACAAUUCGAAGCUCCUGAUCAAAUCCAUUUGGUUGAUCUGGUUGAUGGACUUGUACUUCCGCGACGGUUACAAGGUGGUGGUUGCAGCCGAGUGCCUCUUCAUUGUCUUGGCCGUGAAGUUCUACAAGAGGGCUUGGGCCAUGAUGGCGGCGAGCCGGCGUUCUCUGGAGAGGAGUACAAAAGUGCUUGCUGAUUAUAUGAAACGCAAGCACAACAGCGAAGGCGUUUCGCUUGGUGAAGUCAAUCCGGUUAGCAUGAGAGGGUAUACGUAUUUGGUGUGGGGUGAAGAGGGCAGUAUUUUGAGACUGGUGAUUGGCAGGAUUCAUUCUUUCCUGAGGCGUGUAGGGAUUAACGUCGCCGCGGAGGCACCGGACUACCAGGUGCCAUUGGAUGAAGCCCAGUUGAUAACCAUUGAAAAGGCCGCGAGGAGCAGGGAGGGCACUGAGAGGGAGUUGGGUCGGAUUGGUGGUGAAGCCGGGUUGGAUUCGGGCUGGGUGUGGAAUUGUGGAGGGAGGCUCUUAAGCUCAAAUGAAGACACUCACAAAAAGCCCGGAGACCCCCAAAAUAAGCUCAAAGACAUGUGCCUCUCUUUUGCACUCUUCAAGCUCCUUCGUUUGAGGUAUGCUAGCUACUCAUUGCCCCAAGAGGCUCAUGAGAAUGCAUGGAAGUUGAUUUGUGAUGGAUUGCUCUCACAAGCAGAUGGUUACGAGAGAGCAUUUCGAGUCGUCGAGGUUGAGCUCACAUUCCUUUUCGAUUUUUUCUACACUAAGUAUGGUAUUAUAUUCCAACCUGGUCGGUUGCUGAUUGAAUUGAUGGAGUUAAUGGGCAUUGCCAUGGGCAUCUGGGCUACGACAUCACUCUUGAAGCAUCACAAUAGACCUAACAGUAAUUGCCGACUCACCACCAUGCCAAACGGGUUGAGUGUCGACAUAGUUGUGACUAGCGUGAUGAUAAUCUCGUUCAUCAUCAUGGAGCUCAUGCAGUUUUUCUUCAUGUGUUUCUCGGAAUGGGCUAAAGUUUUAUGGAUCGGUAAGUAUGUGCUGAAGAAGUCAUGGCAAGGGAAUGUGUGGAUUGAGAAGAUGAUUGAAGUGAUAUGUGGGGUCCAGCUGCUGAAGCCUUGGGAGCAAAAGCUUCAUCAGUACUCAUUCCUCAAGUCGUACUUCUAUAAAUCUUCCUGGUUAUUGAACAACGCAAUUAUGGCAGUCUUCAUUGAUCAAACUAGGGAUGGCCAGAAACAGGGCAGCUCGAUCAAAUUGCCUAUAGAAGUGAAGGAAGCAGUGUUGGGUGCUCUGAAGGGUAAUUACAGUAGAAAAUUGGACAAUGGACUAACUUCCCUAAGAAAGCACAAUGUGUUCGAGCUGUCGUGGGCAUGUCAGCUGGAAACACAAACUCAGGUCAUACUAGUAUGGCACAUCGCCACUAGUUUCUGUGAGCAGCGAAAGUCGGAGGGCUUAGACUUAACUAGGUGCACAAAUUUCUUAGUGGCAACUAGCUUGUCUAAAUAUUUGGCUUACUCGGUUGCUUUUGCUCCAUGGCUACUGCCAGAUCGCCCUUUAUUUGCGGAGUAUGAGUUCAAUCUGGCGAUCAUCGAAGCCAAAAAGUUCUUUAGGGGAUGCAAGGGAAUGGAGAACCAGCUUGAGAAGAUGGAGAAAGAGUACGAUGGCAGUUCUAUGCAUGAAGAAACUGUUAUCAAACGUGGUUCCCGGCUUGGAAAUCGACUAGUAAAUGGUAUAAAUGGUAUAGGAGAUGAGGAAAUGAUUUGGAAGAUUCUGGCUGACUUUUGGGUGGAACUAAUGUUGUACGUUGCGCCUUCGGACAAUGUGAAAGCACAUGCAGAGCAUUUGGCUAAAGGAGGUGGGUUUGUGACUCACCUGUGGGCUUUGCUCUUUCACGUAGGAUUUGAGAGAAAGCCCUCCUAUUAA